UGGAGUCAUGACGGAGGUCGGUGGGGCUCUGGAGCGCCUGAGGAGGUGCUGCUUUCCCUGCUGUACAAAAGACUCUCAGUGCUGGCACAUUUCUGUACACAACACCAUGACUGCCUUCAAAGGUAUUUGGACACAGGAGUUCUGGCGGUGUGUAGGAGCUGAGUUUUUUGCUAUGCUGCUCUUUGUCCUGCUCAGUCUGGGUUCAACCAUUAGCUGGGGGGAAAUGGAGGAGGAGCCCCGUCCUCCUGACUUGGUGCUCAUCUCACUCUGCUUUGGCCUCACCAUUGCCACCAUGGUGCAGUGCUUCGGCCAUAUUAGUGGUGCCCAUAUCAACCCAGCCGUCACAGCUGCCAUGGUGGUGACCAGGAAGCUUAGUUUGUCUAAAGCAGCCUUCUACCUUCUGGCUCAGUGUGUAGGAGCCAUAGUGGGGGCUGCUAUCCUGUACAGCAUCACUCCAGACUCUGUCAGAGGGGGCAUGGGGGUCACUCGGGUGAAUACAAAUGUUUCAGUGGGAGGUGCCCUUGUUGUUGAACUUUUCAUCACCUUUCAGUUGUUAUUCACCAUCUUUGCUACCUGUGAUGCCAAACGUAAGGACCUCAAGGGUUCAUCUGCUUUGGCGAUCGGCCUGUCUGUGUGUGUUGGUCACUUGUUUGCUAUUCCCUACACUGGAGCCAGCAUGAACCCUGCCCGAUCCCUGGGUCCUGCCAUGAUCACAUGGAGCUGGGAAAAUCACUGGGUGUACUGGGUGGGUCCAUCGCUGGGUGGCGCUCUUGCUGCAGCCCUGUAUGAAUUCCUGUUCUGUCCAGACCCCAGGCUAAAAAAAUGUUACUCAGAGAUUUUCAUCAAGGCACCGUUUGCUGCAACCAGACUUCGACAAGAUUCAGUCACUGCUCAGACCAUCGAUGUAGAGAUAGCUGAGAGGAGGGAGAUGGAGGUAUCUGGGGAAGUGCUAUCCUCUGUAUGAUGAGAAAGGAAAGGAAACCCACUUUCAAUGUCCAGACCGAUGACAAGAAGACUUACCUCCAGUAGUAUUGCACUAUAAACACAAAACAUCAAACAACAAAGGACAAAGGACAAAAAAUGGCAAGGAUGAACUUUUCAGUGUGACUCUUCUUAUGCUGACCAAAUAGAUUAAUUUAGUCUAUUUUAAGAGAAAGACCUCCGGUUUGUUUUUUGUUUUUUUCACAUUAAAAUGGAAUAAAUUGCAAAGAAGCACUACUGAAAACUGUGUGCUUGUGCUCAAUGCAAGAAGCGGUUUGGAGACAGAAACUGGCUGGGCACCCACAUUAUAUUCAUCACUGAACUUCCCCUACAGCAGAAAUCACAUCUAAAUAUCUAACUGUAAGCAUUUGAGAGAACGAAGCAGUACAGCUGGAUACAGUUGCUAUGGUAACCUUAUCUGAUCUUGUUCACUUGUGGUAAUAUGACGAUUAAAUGCUAUAAAAAGGUUUAUGAAUUUCAACUGUUUAUUAUUUGGCUGGGACUGAAAAUCUUACAGGAAAUUGUGGUCAAAUUUGAAGAAAGGAAUCUGAUAUGUUUGGGUUAUAGAGACAUAUUCAGUGGUUAUGUGUCUAGUUUGUAUGGUUCAGUUAUGACCAAUAAGAAAAUAACUUCACUUGAACAUGAUUUAUUUAUUACUUAGUCCGAAAAAAAAUUUGACAGAUUUGCUGCAUAAAUGCGGAUCAUUUUUUUCUUAAAAUUCAGUCAGAAUUGAAGAAACCUACAAUUGCCUUGUUUUCUAAAUCAGUAUUUGCCAUGUACACACACGUGGCGUUAACAUGUUGUCCAGCUUCCUUCCACAGUCUAAAGACUGGUUCUAGUUUUAGUUAAAACUGGAUUUUACCACAUACCAAUAAACUAAAUUCACCCUGAAACUUAUGUCUAGAUAAAGGUAAAAGUGUAUGUGAGGAAUGUUUGGCCUGUCUUGAUUACAAAUUCAAACUUGAUCCAACAAAGACUGGU